UGACGUAAAAUCGGCCUGACUAAUCAGUGUGUAGAAGGCGGAUUGAAUUAGCAAAUCAUAGCGCAGAAGGCGGGAUUUGUCGGAAUAUAGGUGGGAGAAGAUUACCUCGUGUGGCAGCGGGCAAAUAUACAUUCGAAGAUGGCACCCAAAACUAUGGAGCCAGUGGCCAGGAAGGUCUUUAAAGGAGUGCUCUUUCUGGAGGUUCUCGGCGUGUUUGCAGCUUACGGGCUCUAUUACAGAAUGAACACAAGUCGAGAUUUUAGAUGCACGAUGAACAAACGCUUUCCCUCAAUUCUGGAAGUUUAUUACAAGUCCAACGAAUGGGCCGGGAACUUCGGAAUCCGGGAAGCUGAUCAGGACGUAUGGUCUACUCGGCAGGAAUAGACAGACAUACUGACAGAUACUCAAGAGAACGAGCGUCAUCACUUCUUUCUGCCUCCAGUCUUUUUGCCUGGUCUUCCUUUCCCAAAAUGUUUCCUCUUAUUGAACAUGGCCUUCUUCCUCCUGAGCGUCUUCACGUCACGUCCCUGAAUCCAGUCAUCACGCUGCACCUCCCAUUUCAGCUGUUUGAUACCUGAGGAUGAGAAGCAGAAGGACAGACUGCUUUAGAAGACAGCACAGUUACUUUUUCUAUGGAAGCCUUUUUCCGCCACAUAAAAGAAAAUUCUGACUUUCUCGCAAUUCCGAUUUUAUACAUUUAUUUUGUCAGCCAAUAGGGCGGCGUCACCCCCGCUUUAGUGUCCCAAAUCUUUGCACAUUAAAAUGAAAUAAGCCACAAUCAUUAGAUCGAUCUUCAAAAUAAUGGCUAAUCUGACAGGACUAUUUUAGGUGUGGUUUCACAAACUACUGACGCAGCCAUUGUAGCCUAAGAGCCAGUCUGCUAUGUACACGCGCUGCGUUGUAACAGCUAAAAAUUGUAAGUAAUAAAGUUGGAACUGUAAGAGGAAAAAAGUUGCAAUUAGGCAAACUUUGUUUCUAACGUGGCGAAAAUGGGCUUCUAUACAUUUUCAGAUACCUGCAUUAAACAAAAAGAAUGAAUAUUGUGGUAAAUAAUCAGUGUACAUGAUUAUUUACAGGUUUGUCUCUUCACUAUUGUGGAGUGAUCUGGCUGGCAUCCAGCCAAAUUAAUAAAAUUGAAGUUUUCAACCUA